AUGCUCAUACGCGGCAAAGAUCAAGACGAAGGAGAAGACAUUGAGGAUGUCCCUGUACGCGUACUGUCGGAUUUUUGUAUCUUCCACCCAAAGAGUCACCAGAUACAAUCUCUUAGGUUGUUCAACGACGAAACCCAAGAUCAUAAUCUGAUAGCGGCUAAAUGGGUGCAGCCUGUGUACACGAAUGAGGAGGAUGCCAGGCAAGAAGACGAGGACCCAGAGAACACUACGGUGCAGCGCCUGUGCACCAGCAAAAUAUUCCGAUACACUGUUGAUUACGAGAGAAUAGAUGACCCGGUAUAUAUACAGACCCAGUACAGCUGGUAUAUGCUCAAGAAGCCCUCGAAGACCUACAGCUGUUGCUUCCUCGACUUCUAUACAACUCACCGGAUCUUAUAA